AUGGAGAAUCGGCCGCCCGUUUCGGGUGCGAGUGAUACUGCUGUUGAAAAUUCUGGUCCAGCACUUCAUGUCAAUAUCAAGACUCUUGAUUCGAGGAUUUUCAGUUUCCUCGUUGAUAGGAACACUUUGGUUUCAGCUUUUAAGGAGAAAAUAGCUCAAAAAAUUAGCGUUCCUGUUGGACAACAACGUCUCAUUUUCAGGGGCAAGGUUCUGAAAGAUGAUCACAUCCUCUCUGAAUAUCACGUGGAACAUGGGGAUACCCUGCAUUUAGUUGAGAGGCAGCCACAGACCUCUCCUGGGUCCAAUACAGGGGAAGCAGCUUCCAGUAACAGUACUGGAGGUGGACAAAAUACCGCUGCUGGUGGACCACACAAUCGUAUUGGACAAAUUUCCCAUAGUUUAGUACUUGGGACCUUAAAUCUCGGAGACCCAGGGGAGUCACUUGGACCAGAUUUAAGUCGGGUCAUAGGGGCUGUACUGAGCUCUUUAGGGAUGGGCAACCCAGUUGGCAUGCAACCUGGCGUUCAGACUUCUGAUGGAAAUGAAACAGAACGGACGCAGGCUAAUGCUGGCAGUCAGAGACAGGGUGGAAAUCAGUUUGGUUUGUAUCAAGCCUUAAACGGUCAAUCUGCAUCCAGUCCUAUGCAAAACCCUGUGGGAGCAACAAUGGCUGUUCCAUCGCUGAAUGCGCCAAUACCCGAUUCUCUGAAUACGCUGACAGAGUUUAUUAACCGGAUGGAACGGGCCUUAUCACAAAACGGUACUCAACAAGACCAAUCACCAGAUGCUAGUGGCAGUCUACCUACCCCACAGUUGCCUACAAACUUGCAUGGUUUUCCAACUGUAGAAGCGCUGACAACUGUUAUGCGACAUGCACAACGUCUUCUUUCUGACCAUGUUGUUCGAGCAUUAUCUCAAACUGCAGGGCGAUUAGACCAGGAGGGACGUUCAAGUGACCCUGCUGUUCGGGGGCAAGUUCAUUCAGAAACUGCACAAUUAGGUGUUGCUAUGCAGCACUUAGGUGCACUAUUUCUAGAGUUGGGAAGGACAAUUUUGAAUCUUCGUGUUGGACAAUUAUCUGAUCAAUCGUAUGUGAAUGCUGGGCCAGCUGUCUACAUAUCUCCGUCUAGGCCAAAUCCAAUUAUGGUUCAGCCGUUCCCUCUUCAAACGACCUCUCUCUUCGGUGGCUCAUCUGGUGCCACACAGAAUCGGCUUGCUAUUGUUCCUCCAUUUGCCAGUGUGACUAGGAAUGUGAAUAUUCAUAUACAUACUGGGGCAGCACUUGCAUCCAUUGUUCCUGUGGUUGGAAACAGAUCUUCUAAUGGAGAAGAAGUUCAAGGGCAACAAGGCAAUGGGGCUUCUGGUGAAUUAGGUCAAGCACAGGUUCCAACAGGAGUUAAUGUGACCACAACAUCUGUUCCGUCAAGACCUGGUGCAGGGGGUUCACAGGCUAUCAAUCCCGGUGGUCCUGUGUUCUCAAAUGUAUCUAGUCUCAAUGAUUAUAUUAGAGACAUAGCUGAUCGCAUACAGAAUGGAAGUCAGGCACCAUCAGGAGGUUUGGCUAAUCAGGGGCAACCACCUGGUACUGGUGUUAGAGAUAAUGAGACAAAUCACCAGCCGAGGUACUUUUCCAGUAGCACAGUUGGUAAAACCACUCAGACUGCCAUCACAGACAAUCAAAAGGAAAAGACUGAUCUUUCUAGCAGUCCUGGCGGAGGGUCUCAUAUGUCUGGGCACGGUGAAGGCUCUGCAGGACACAGUCAGGGUAAUAAUACUCAAGGUGGGUCUUUAGGUGUCCCUCUUGGACUCGGACUGGGAGGCCUUCAACCUAAGAAACCAGUUAAAUUUGAAGCAAAGACCACUGACCGUGCAUCUUCCAGCAGAGCCGUGGCUCAACAAGUCCUGCAAUCCCUUUCAGCACUUGCCACUAGGGAAAAUCCCAAUCCUCCACCCUCGGGACAAUCUUCUGAGCCUGAAAGGGGUAGCAACGUACACUUGCCUCCAUCCAGGCAAAGCGAUAUCGAUUUAGCAGAUUCAAUGUCUCAACUCCUGAGCAGUUCCUCUGUGAACGGCCUAUUGACUCGUCUCUCACAAUACACUGGGGUUGGUUCUCCUGAAGUAUUGAGAAAUUUGAUGCAACAGCUAACUCAAAACCCAGUCAUGAGGAACCCGUUGAAUCAGCUUGCCGAGCAGGUGCAGACCGGGAGCUUUGACCUGUCAACGAAUAUGCAGCAGAUGCUGCCGGCAAUUUCUCAGGCUUUAGAAGGUAUUGCUGCGGCUGCUCCCCAAAUGAAUCCUCCACAAGAUGUGACACGGACGAGUGAUGAUCCUCAGAUUAAUCUCCGGGAAGUGGUUCAGAGGCUCAAAGAACAGAACUCGUCCAUAGAAAUUUUCCGUUCUCUGCUUAUGUUGGCAGCGCAACUUGGCAGCAGUGGCAGUUCGGAGGAAAAUCUUGCUAAUGCAAUAUGCACUCUUGAUCUUGCACAGGAGUUCAUGGAUAUGGUCCUCCAUGAUUUGUGUGGGAGAGUUGAGGAUGGAAUGUGA